AGAAAAAUAGAACUGCGCAGUAGUAGCUUUCAAGAGUAUUGUUCUUUGAAAGGCUAAAAUGUUUACGAUUGCUUCCUUCUUUAAAACUCUCUUCUUCUUCUUCUUCUUCUUUCACAUCCGCUUUAGGAAAUUUGUAAACACGAAAGUUCUCCACAGGAGUUUUAGUAAUCUUUACUCAUCAGCUCAGAGUAAAUAUCAAAGAUAUCCUUCUCUUGCUCAUAGGUCUGACCUAUCUAGCAAAACUUUUAUUUUUAACCUGGAAGGAACUUUGUUGAAGUCCUCUUCUUUGUUUCCUUACUUUAUGCUUGUAGCUUUUGAGGCUGGAAGCAUUUUAAGGGCUCUUGUUCUCUUUCUUUUAUACCCAUUUAUUUGUUUCGUCGGCGACGAGAUGGGCCUGAAGAUAAUGGUUAUGGUCGGCUUCUUUGGGAUCAAGAAAGAAAGUUUUAGAGCUGGAAGAGCUGUUUUGCCAAGGUUCUUCUUGGAGGAUGUUGGGUUAGAGGUAUUUGAAGUGUUGAAAAGAGGUGGGAGAACGGUGGCGGUUAGUGACUUUCCUCAAGUGAUGAUCGAGAAUUUCUUAAGAGAUUAUUUAGAGAUUGAUUAUGUUGUCGGAAGAGAGCUGAAGUCGGUUUGUGGGUAUUUUGUGGGACUCAUGGAAGAGAAAAAGAAAGACAUGUUAGCUUUACAGAAGAUAUUUGGAGAGGACGAGGAGGCAAUUAUUAAUGAAGAGGUUAUUGGCAUUAGCUGCUCUAACAGAUCUCCUGAUCAUCAUCUAUUCUCUCAUUGCAAGGAAAUUUACGUGGUCAGAAAAUCAGACAAGAGUAACUGGCAAAUCCUACCAAGAGACAAGUAUCCGAAGCCACUUAUCUUCCACGAUGGUCGACUAGUUCUCAGACCAACCCCAUUAGCUACCUUGGCACUGUUCAUGUGGAUCCCUUUUGGUUUCAUCAUCGGGCUACUAAGGGCCGUUGUUGCCUUAACUCUCCCCUACAGAAUAUCCAUUCCCAUGUUAGCUCUAUGUGGAUUUCGUUGUACAAUAUCAAAACCCAGAAGCUCCGGCAAUUCCCCUCCAAUUCUAAACCAAGAAAACAAGUCCAAAAAGGGCCUCCUUUAUGUUUGCAAUCAUCGAACAUUACUGGAUCCUCUGUAUCUUUCUUUCUCGUUAAAGAAAGAUUUCACUGCUGUCACAUACAGCCUCAGUAGGAUGUCGGAGAUACUAUCACCUAUCAAAACCGUCCGACUGACGCGAUGCCGUGAUGAAGAUGCAAAGAUGAUGGAGAAACUAUUAAGUCAAGGUGAUCUAGUGGUAUGCCCAGAGGGGACAACAUGUAGGGAGCCAUACUUGUUGAGGUUUAGCCCUUUAUUUUCGGAGAUGAGUGAUGAAAUAAUCCCUGUUGCUUUGGACACCCAUGUGAGCAUGUUUUAUGGUACGACGGCCGGUGGACUAAAGUGCCUAGACCCAUUAUUCUUUAUCAUGAACCCUCUGCCUAGUUACACCAUCCAGUUGCUUGAGGGUGUUUCUGGGCUCUCCAAGUGCAAUAAUGAAGAGAAAUCAAGAUUUGACGUUGCCAAUUAUGUGCAGAGUGAGAUUGGCAAUGCACUGGGCUUCGAGUGUACCAAGCUUACCAGAAGAGACAAAUACUUGAUCUUGGCUGGGAAUGAGGGCUUAGUUUCUUCUUCUUGUCCCUCUAGCAAAAGCUAAUGUACCCUAAAUGGCUAAUUCCCAUGUCCAAAAUAUGCCGUUCGGAGCUUGGUUUCUUUUUGAUAGCUCACUUUUCUUUUGGUGAUGUGGAAAGGUGGUACAUAGUAAUUUUCUUUACUUUUCAAUAUAUACUCAUAUAUUUUAAAUCAAUUCUCAAUUUUUUUUAUC